AUGUCAGAAAAUAAAAGAAAGUUUUAUUUCAAAAAAGGAAAAGAUUAUGGACAACAACAUAAAAAAAAUAAAAAAGAUAGUAAUAAAGAAAAAGAAAAUAUAGUGUUAGAAAAGGUUAAUUGCCCACUAUGCGAAAAUGACAGAAAAGAAGAGAUUAUAGAAUUCUCAAGACGUAUGAACAAAUUAUAUUAUACAUGCAAACAAUGUGGAUUGGUAUAUUUGCAUCCACACUACCAUGUCGACAAUCAAAAAGAAAAAACACGUUAUGAAUUUCAUCAAAACUCACCACAAGAUGAAAAAUACAAGAGCUUUUUACAACCUUGUGUGGACAAGUUAAUACCUCUUUUAAGAGAACAUAAUAAAGAUCAAAAAGAUAACGAAAUUAUAGGUUUAGAUUAUGGUUGUGGUCCAGGGCCAACAUUGUCCUUAAUGUUUAAAGAAAAAGGAUUUACACUCGAAAACUAUGAUCCAUACUUUUUAGAAAACGAUAAAGUAAAACAAGCCGAAAAAUAUUUAGAAAACAGUGGUAAUCAAGACAACAACAGCGAUAAAAUUGCUCAACCAUUCCACUUUGUAACAUGCACUGAAGCCAUUGAACAUUUCAAAGCACCAAUUUUAGAUUUAAAAAAAAUUAUUGAUGGGGGUUUAAUUUCAAAAAAUAAUGGUUUACUUUUAAUUAUGACCCAAUUAUUAUUGACUGAUGAACAAUUCGAAAACUGGCACUACCCAAGAGAUUACACCCACAUUUGUUUUUUCAGACCAACUACAUUCAACUGGAUCUCAAAGAAAUUUAACUCAAAUCUUUUAGAAAUGGACGAAAAAAGAGGCAUUAUAAUUUUAAGUUUUAAAAAUAACGAAAACAAACAAAACGAUGAAAUUGAUAAAAAAAACAGUGAAAAUAACGAAAAUUACGAAAAAUAG